AUGGAGAACAGAGGCCAGAAACGAAUGGAGGUUGUGGAAGAGCUACCUGCUGAUAAGAGAGCUUGUAACUCACAAGAUUUCAGGCCAAGCACAUCUGGAUCAUCUGUCCAAGCUCAAGCUAAUGGCACGAGUUCAGGACAUGAAAACGCUGACGCUGACAUGGAUACUUCUUCAUCUGCUUCCCAUUCGAGUCGAUCAGAUGAGGAACAAGACAAGGAUUCCGACUAUGGAUCUUGCGAUUCUGAUGAUGCUGAUCCGAGGCAGAGGGUGCUUCAGGAAUACCAGAGAGGGAGAUCAUCUGAUGAUCAAGGGAAAUUGAAUUCACUCUUGUCGAGUUUGACUGCAGAAACCGAUCCUUCUUUGCAGUUAACUGGUCUUACAGAGCUAUGUGAAGUGCUGUCUUUUUGUACUGAAGAUUCACUGUCCAGCGGAAUGGCCGACAGUCUCUCGCCCAUGCUUGUUAAGUUAGCUAAGCACGAGAGCAAUGCAGACAUCAUGCUGCUCGCCAUCAGAGCAAUUACUUACCUGUGUGAUGUUUACCCACGGUCAGUAGCAUUUCUUGUAAGACAUGAGACUAUUCCUGCUCUCUGCCAAAGACUAUUGACUAUUGAGUACUUGGACGUUGCUGAGCAGUGUUUGCAAGCACUUGAGAAAAUAUCCCGAGAUCAGCCAGUAGCAUGCUUGAAUGCUGGAGCAAUUAUGGCAGUGCUUUCUUUUAUUGAUUUCUUCUCAACAAGCAUACAGAGAAUCGCAAUUUCUACUGUGGUGAAUAUAUGUAGGAAGCUUCCAUCUGAGUCUCCCUCCCCUUUCAUGGAUGCUGUUCCAAUAUUAUGCAAUCUUCUUCAGUAUGAAGAUCGACAGUUGGUCGAGAAUGUGGCUAUAUGCUUAACAAAAAUAGCAGAUCAAGUUAGCCAGUCACCUGCAUUGUUGGAUCAACUGUGUAGGCAUGGACUAAUUCAUCAGUCCACACAUCUUUUAAACUUGAAUAGCCGCACUACCCUAUCUCAACCUGUUUACAACGGCGUGAUUGGGUUGCUAAGAAAACUAUCUUCUGGUUCAACUUUAGCUUUUAGAUCGUUAUAUGAGCUUAACAUUGGCUACAGACUAAAAGAAAUUAUGUCCACGUAUGACAUUUCACAUUCAGUGUCUUCUACACAUCCCAUCAAUGCAUGUUCCAACCAGGUGCAUGAAGUAUUGAAGUUGGUAAUAGAGCUUCUUCCAGCUUCACCUGUAGAGGGUAAUCAGCUUGCCUUGGAAAAGGAAAGUUUCCUUGUCAAUCAGCCUGAUCUCUUGCAACAAUUUGAAGCCGACAUGCUUCCUGCUAUGAUUAAGGUGCUAAAUUCUGGAGCUAACGUAUAUGUUUCUUAUGGUUGCCUAUCAGCAAUUCACAAGCUGACAUGUUUGAGUAAGUCAGACGAUCUUGUCGAGUUACUGAAGAAUGCUAACAUUUCAAGUGUUUUGGCGGGCAUUUUGGCAAGGAAAGAUCAUCAUGUGGUCGUUGUAGCACUACAGAUUGCUGAAGUGCUUCUUGAGAAAUACAGAGAUGCUUUUUCGAAUUCCUUUAUAAAGGAGGGUGUUUUUUUUGCAAUGGAAGCACUCUUAAGUUCUGAUAGGGGGCAGCAGAAUCCAGUAUCUGGGUUCAUUCAAGGAUCAGCUGACUUUUCACAAAAGCCUGUUGUGAAAGAGAAUGGGAAAUGCUUGUGCCAGUCUUUUGAAAAAUCACUUUCCUCUUCUUCACAAACUUGUAAGAUUGAAACUGAUUCUGUCUACAUUCUCGCAACACGUAUCAAGAAGAGUUUCUUUGGACCUGGGGUAUUCGACUCUGAGAAAGGCUUGACAGAUGUUCUCCAAAACCUCAAGAACUUGUCGGUAGCACUUGGCGAUUUGAUGACUGUACCUAAUGAUUCACAUGUCUUGCAUGAUGAGAAGUUCUUGUCAAUAUGGAAUCAAAUCAUGGAAAGGCUGAAUGGACGGGAAUCUGUGUCCACUUUUGAAUUUACAGAGAGUGGAAUUGUAAAGGCGCUGGCAAAUUACCUGUCUAAUGGACUCUAUCAAAGGAAAAUUAUCAAAGGCGAUCCUGAAUGUGAUAGUUUACCAUUUGUUGGUAAGAGAUUUGAAGUGUUCACAAGAUUACUUUGGUCUGAUGGCGAGGCAACUUCAUCCGUGUUAAUACAGAAGCUCCAAAGUUCCCUAUCUUCUUUAGAAAACUUUCCAAUUGUUCUAAGCCAAUCUUUGAAGCAAAGGAACUCAUUCGCGGCUGUUCCGAAUGGACGUUGCACAAGUUAUCCAUGCUUAAGAGUUCGUUUUGUUAAAGCAGAGGGAGAGACUUGUUUGCGUGAUUACUCCCAAGACUUUGUCACCGUUGACCCACUUUGCUACGUGGAUGAUGUCGAUCAAUACAUGUGGCCUAAAGUGAAUUUGGAACCUUUACAUUCCGUCGGAGCAGAGGAUGAAGCUAUAGAAUGUCAGUCUUCUCAAUUGCAGUCAACUUCGAUAUCUUGUCAAGGUGAAAGCUCAAGUCAUAUGGAUAUUGACAGUUCUGAUGCAACACAGUUACAGGGAUCUCAAGAGGAAGAACAGGAGCAGCUUCGAGGGCUAUGUAAUGGUUCAGGAGAAGAGAAUAUUUCCUCAUCUGAGAAGGAGGAUCCGCUACCUAGACUUUUGUUUCGUCUGGAAGGGCUUGAACUAGACCGCUCUUUGACUGUAUACCAGGCAAUUCUCUUGCACAAACUAAAAUCUGAAAAUGAAACUACCAACGGUUCAAAGCUGAGUGGACCGCACGACAUCACUUAUGAAAGGGCUCCACAACUUGCAGAUUCUCAUGAAAAUGUGUUUCCUCUCGAAUCUAUGGACAAUGAUGAGUAUCACCCGCUUCUAUCCUACUUGUUUGCUCAUAGACUUGCUUUGCGCCUCAAAGGGACAAGUCCUCUUGCGUAUGACAUAUUGUUUCUGCUUAAGAGUCUGGAGGGCAUGAACAGAUUUCUCUUUCACCUGAUUUGUCAUGAAAGGGUUAAUGCUUUUGGUGAAGGUAGGCUGGACGAUUUGGAUGAUCUGAGGGUGCAGGUUCGUCCUGUGCCAUAUGCUGAAUUUGUUAGUAGUAAGCUUACAGAGAAGUUAGAGCAGCAGCUGCGUGAUUCGUUUGCGGUGUCAACCUGCGGUCUGCCACCAUGGUUUAAUGAUCUAAUGGAUUCAUGCCCGUUUCUGUUUAGUUUUGAAGUCAAAUCUAAAUACUUCCGACUUGCAGCCUUCGGUUCACAGCAAGUCCAUCAUCAUCCACAACACCUUAGCAGUUCAAAUGUUCAUGGCGAAGGGCGUCCAGCGUCUGGCAGUUUACCUCGAAAAAAGUUCUUAGCUUGCCGGGAAAACAUUCUAGAGUCUGCUGCAAAAAUGAUGGAGUUAUACGGCAAACAGAAGGUGGUCGUUGAGGUGGAAUACAAUGAAGAAGUCGGAACUGGUCUUGGCCCAACACUGGAGUUCUAUACACUUGUCAGUAGAGCAUUUCAAAAUCCUGAUCUCGGUAUGUGGAGGAGUACUCGAUCCUUUGUUGGAAAAUCAAGCGAAGACCCGGGAGCUUUGGGGUAUGCUUCAGGACUCUUUCCACGCCCUUGGUCAGGUACAUCAGCAGCUUUUCCAGGUGUGUUGCAGAAAUUUGUUCUUUUGGGGACAGUGGUAGCAAAGGCUCUACAAGAUGGACGAGUCUUAGAUCUUCCUUUCUCCAAAGCUUUCUAUAAACUUAUUCUCGGGCAGGAGUUGAGUUCAUUUGACAUCCACUUCGUUGACCCUGAACUUUGUAAAACACUGGUGGAAUUGCAAGCUCUGGCACGUAGGAGAAAGGUUAUCGCAGAAGCACAAAGUGAUUCCCGAGCAGCCAUGUAUGAUUUAAGUUUCCGUGGAACGAAGAUUGAGGACCUUUGUCUUGAAUUUGCGCUGCCUGGCUACACAGACUACGUCCUCGAUCUCCACUAUGCUAAUGACAUGGUAAAUUUGGAUAACCUUGAGGAAUAUAUCAAGGCUAUUGUCAAUGCCACAGUAUGUAACGGGAUCCGAAAACAAGUGGAAGCAUUCCGGUCGGGAUUUAACCAAGUUUUCCCCAUUGAACAUCUUCUGAUAUUCAAUGAAGAAGAACUGGAAACUAUGUUGUGUGGAGAACGCGAUCUCUUUAAUAUGAAUGAAGUCUUGGAUCACAUCAAGUUUGAUCAUGGAUAUACUUCUAGCAGUCCACCAGUUGAACAUUUGCUGGAGAUUCUGCAUGAGUUUGACAAGGAGCAACAGCGAGCUUUUCUGCAAUUUGUAACCGGAUGUCCUCGGUUACCUCCUGGCGGUUUGGCGUCUCUCAAUCCCAAACUUACAAUUGUCCGCAAGCACGGUAGCGAUUCUUCAGAAACCGACCUGCCUAGUGUGAUGACAUGCGCCAAUUAUCUGAAGCUUCCACCUUACUCUUCCAAAGUGACAUCUCCCUUCUUCAUCUUUGUUAACCACUCUCUUACUCCGGUUUUUCUCUGGACAAAACCCGGUCUCAGGAUCGAUCUCACUUGUGUUUUGUUUUUACUUGUCUGUGUUUUGCAGGAAAAGAUGAAGGAGAAGUUGAUUUAUGCCAUAACUGAAGGUCAAGGUUCCUUUCAUCUCUCUUAAAUUAGUUUAUUGUAAAAAGUAGCAGAAGCGGUAGGUGAUGUGAAGGGACAAGUGUGGAUUUGUCAGAAGAAACAAGAGGAAGCUCUUCUUCUCAUGGCUUUAAAGUUUUCUUCUUUUAGGAUUUAUGUACAAAAAGAUUAGUAAUCAGUAGAAGUAGGAAGAAAAGAAAAAAAAAAGAAACUCUCUUUUGGACUUGAUGGGAAAACUUUGUAUAUCUAUAUAAAUAAAUAAAUCAGCUUAAAGUUA